CUCAGGAAGGGCAACUGCGGUUCGUUGUUUUCUGAAUUGAGCGUGGUGGAGAUCAAGAAGGCGUCCGCGGCUUCGAGAGAAAUGCCAAGGAAAAAUAAGAGGAAAGUUGUGUUUAGUUCCAGGAAAUACAGAUGGAAAAGACAAAAAAUUGAAAUCAGCACAGAUGAAGAAAUCACCCCGGAUUUUACUUUAUAUAUUGAUACUGAUGAAGUUCCCAAGUUCAGUUCUAUGUUUGUCCAACAAUUUAAUCAUGAUCAUGACUACUGUCUUAAUGAUGAAAGUUUCGACAUUUAUGCUGCAUCACUAAAUAUGACAGAUGAUCAAGACAAAGUACAGAUUACAGGUUUGUCAACUUUGAUGAGAGAUCCAGUGCAUUCACAGAUUACAGGUUUCAUGGAAGAUCCGGUGCAUGCACAGAUUACAGGUUUGAUGGAAGAUCCGGUGCAUGUACAAAUUAAAAGUUUAAUGGAAGAUCCGGGUCCAAAUUUUACUGUUAAAAUGUCCCUGGACAACAUUGAGGAAUGUCAUAGUGAGCUAGACAACGUACAUGCACAGAUGACAGGUUUAACCGAUGACCUGGGUCCAUACAUUACUGUUAAAAAGACUCUGGAAAGUAUUGAGGAAUGUGAUAUUCAGGAGGUGGAGGUAAAUAAUUGUGUUGACUUUUCACAUCUACAGAAUGAAGUUGUGGCAAAUAUCAGUCAGGAAUUCAUGGUUUAUAAAGCCAGGAGCAAACUUAUAUUGGUGCAGAUGUACUUGAAUGGAGAUGCUGUCUGCGUAAAACACUCCAUAGAGCUUAAUGCUGACUUCACGUGCAAUAUAUUUGUACACAGAAAACCAGUGCCUCGUAGUCAUUCAAUUUGGAAAAACAUGCCUUUGUUGUUUGACAGAGAUUCCUCAAUAAUGAAACUUUGUAAAAGGAUUUUGGAAUAUAAAAUUUGUAUAGGAAAUCCCGAUAAGGAAUUUGUUGAAUUACUGCCAGUUGGAGGAGGAUUUAUAAAUAACUUUGACAAGAGUGUGGUUGCGUAUCGAGAGGAAGACUUUAACGCUUCGUUUGAAGAUAUUGUAACUUAUGUUUACAACUCUACUAUACGAUCAACAAGCUGUGAACUAUUGAUACCCAAAUCCAAAAAAAUAAGAUGCCCUAAGUGUGCAAAAUACAGAUGGUCAAUUCAAAAAAGAAAGUUCAGGCUAGAAAAUAGUAUGAAGUCAAAUAGAAAAUACAUUCAUACGAAUUACAAACACUCUGAUAUGACAAAAGAAAACAUUCUUCAAAAGAUUCAGGAACAAAAAGAUGAAAUAGAAUUGUUAGAAUCAGAACUCUGCAAGCUGAGCAAAGAGCAUUCCUGCUUGAUCAGCACCAAUGUCUGUGAAACCUGAUGAAAACAGGGAGUUAACUUAGCUGAUACUGAAUGCUGAAGUCCACAUAGUGUGCCUCUAAAGGAACAGAAGAGAGAGAGAGAGAGAGUAUUUUGUCAGCUGCCAUUUAUAUAACUUCAGAAGCCAGCUUGACAUGAUUAUUAAGAUUUUUAGGUGAUAUAAGAGGCAACAGUUAAUUUUGAACUCAACUGCGGACAAAAUCAUCAUUUGAGCUUUUGUGAUUGUCUUGUAUCUGUGGUGCCUUGAAUAUCAUCAGCAUUUGCAUAGUUGAUAACCUAAAGAAACAUUCAUUGUCCAAUCUUUACGAAAUGUAGUCAGAACAUUUGACUCAAUGAAUUGAUAUCUUUGCAAAGUUCAAAACUGUGUCAUGUGAGGUACACAACUAGAACACUAGGUCAAGUUAUAGAAAAGCUUGUUAGCACUCUAGAAGGCAUAGAUAUAUUCCAAUUUUCAUGAAACUUACUCAUAACAUUUGUUUUUAUGAUAUCUCGCUGGGUUUUAAAAUUGUUCUGGUUUUUUGAAAAAACAUUGUGGCUAAAUUUUAUAGUGACAUUGUCAACUCACUAAAAGUCACAUUGAGGCCACUCCAAAUUGAUCUGUUGGUCGUCGGAUUUGCCGCACCUAUUUUUUUCAAAAUGUAAAAAAAAAAAAAUACCGCUCGCACUCA